GUUGUUGUAGCUAGUUUAUCAACGCCAGACGUUGUUAUGAUUCCCGGGUCGUUGUACAACUUUAAACAGUUUGAUUGCCGUGGCCCUACUUGUUGCGAAAAAAUGCAUUUUAUAGUCUUUCCCGUUAGGGUAAAUUGUCGAGUUUUUAGCCUUUCCACACAUGUCCAGAGGGUAAUGUAGUUUUUGCUUGGAGUUUCUAUAUGCAACAGACAGACUCGUCCUUUCUCUGCACUGCAGUCAUCGCCACUCGCACAUUUGGCGUAGGACGGUCACGUUACAAAGUGGGUCGGCACUAGCUGCUGCUGGAGAGAGGACUGCGCAAAAACCACGGCCCGGAUUUGUGCCUGCCUUACGUCAUGGGGAGCCUCAGACCUCUUUGACAGGAUCCAACAACGAGAAGCACCGGGGAUGUGUAAUCAACAUCCAGCGGGCCGGGGGAUGUCGACGAGCACACGACUGAUUUGUGCCACAUACUCGCCCUUAAAGUAAAACCAGACACGAAUAUUUCGCUUUGAUUAUGCGAUUGCGGCGCACCAUGCGACCGCCUCUCCGCUAUUAAAGGGACUACAACGGCUGUUUUCUACCUCAAAAACGAGCUGUUGAUCGGGGAGGGAUAAGCACCCGGAGAACUAAUCCGCAGAACGGUCACAUUCACGGCGGGGUUUGGACCUGACAGAAAUGGACAGGGCAGCACGAACUGGAUUAAAUGAUAGGGAAUAAAGGAGACUCCGCGAACAAAGCCAACCUGAAGUGUUAUGCUCGUUAAUCCGUGUGGUCUUUAUUUGACUGGAAAUGGGCGCUUUAACAAGCAGACAGAACAUAGGCGUGGAAGAAGUGGACAUUCCGUCCAGUUCGGUGUACCGUUAUCCACCAAAAUCCGGGAGUUACUUCGCCAGCCAUUUCAUCAUGGGUGGAGAGAAGUUUGACUCCACCCAUCCGGAGGGUUACCUGUUUGGGGAGAACACAGACCUUAACUUCCUGGGGACCAGACCAGUGGCGUUCCCGUAUGCAGCCCCUCCACCUCAGGAACCAGUGAAGACUUUACGAAGCCUUAUAAACAUCCGUAAGGACACACUGCGGCUCGUACGGUGCAGUGAGGACCUGAAACUGCCGGGUGACGAGGCGGCGGGGAAGAACAGGGCCUGCUACAACGUAGAGUUCACCUUCGACGCUGACACACAGGUGGCCAUAACCAUCUACUACCAGGCCAUAGAGGAGUUUCACAAUGGAGUGCCAGUCUACCUGCCACAGGACAGCUCUCUGCAGUCUGAGACGGUGCACUUCAAGAGGGGAGUGUGCCAGCAGUUCUGUCUGCCCUCACACACUGUAAACCUCAGCGAGUGGGCUGACGAGGAGCUGCUGUUUGAUAUGGACAAAGAGGUUUUCCCCAUGGUGGUGCAGGCCGUUGUAGAUGAGGGGGACGAACAUUUGGGCCACUCUCACAUACUGCUGGCUACAUUUGAAAAGCACAUGGACGGGAGCUACUGUGUGAAGCCUCUGAAGCAGAAACAAGUGGUGGAUGGGGUGAGUUAUCUACUGCAGGAGAUCUACGGGAUAGAGAACAAAUACAACAGCCAAGAAUCAAAGCUGGCUGACGAUGAGAUCAGUGACAACAGUGCUGAGUGUGUGGUGUGUUUGUCAGAUGUGCGAGACACACUCAUCCUGCCGUGCAGACACCUGUGUCUCUGCAACGCCUGCGCAGACACUCUGCGCUACCAGGCCAACUGCUGCCCCAUCUGCAGACUGCCAUUCAGAGCUCUGCUGCAGAUACGAGCCAUGAGGAAGAAACUCAGUCCUCUGUCACCUACCAGCUUCAACCCCGUCAUCACCUCACAGACUUCUGACUCGGAGGAACACUCGGCGUCUGAGCACAUCCCUCCAGGCUAUGAGGUGGUGUCUCUCCUGGAGGCGUUGAACGGCCCCCUCAACUCCUCCGUGGUGAAUCCUCCUCCUCUCCACUCGGGUCCCAGCCACGUCUCGGGAACGCUGCCCCCAUACAGCAGUGAGCCUCACCCGGCACUGGCCCGCUCCCUCUCCCCUCUAGACCACUCCAACUCUAGUCAGGGACUCAAACUCAAAAAGAGUGGUUCAAAGUCACUUUCCCAGAAUUCCUCGGUGCUUCCUGAGGAGGAGGAUGAGAAGUCUUGCAGUGAAUCGGAGGCCUGUCGCCACAAACUCGCCGUGGACCAGCAGGAGAGCCGAGUGACUCCAGACAGCGAGAACCUGACUCUCUCCUCGUCUGGAGCCAUCGACCAGUCGUCCUGCACGGGAACGCCGCUCUCCUCCACCAUCACCUCCCCUGAAGACCCAGUGAGCAGCAGCCUGGUCCAGUCAGUGAUGUCCAUGGCCUCGUCCCACUCCCAGCACUCCCACAUCAGCACUGACACCAUGUCCUCCAUGUCAGGGUCCUACCUGGCCGGGGCCGAAGGCGAGCCCGGGAAUGACGAGGGUAGAGACGCUGAGGGCGAGGAGAACCAGGACGCCCCCAUGGAGAGCCGAGGGCCAUUGCAGCAGCACGUGUUUUCCCAGGAGCCAAAGGAACAAAACUACUCAGUGGCUGUAGAGGAGCAGGACUCAGAGGGAAACGAUGUCACUGAAGAGGACUGCUCCUCCCCGUCUAAUGGGAAAGGUGGGCGGAGCAGGUGUCCAGAGUUGGCCAAUAACAAUCAGGGCGUCGCCCUCUGUGACACGCCCUCUUUGGGGUUGGAUAAUGAGCAGGCUCCCGACAGCCGAUUCGCCGGUCUGAUGUAUCUCGGGGGCUACAGGCCUGUUUUAGAGCCCCACCCCCACCACACCUCCACCAGCAACAUCAACCUGGAGGAGCAGGGGGCUGAGAACCGGGACGGCCAGAGUCCCAAACAUCCCCGCCGCGGACCACUCAUUGUGUAACACACUCAAACAAACUCACACACAAAAACACUCCAACUUCUCCGUCCAGAGUCGGCUUUUCUUACCCUGCCAUAGUGCUGCAUCACUGGAUACUGUCCUCACUGAGCAGGGACACCCCCCAUCCGUUUGAACACUUCCUGGAUUAAUUGUUGUGAGGAGGGAAGAGGAAGAGAAGGGCAUCCCAUGUCUGUUGUCUGUGCACUUUGAUCUCACAGGAGUUUCUUUGUUUGUUUUUUUGUCUGUGACCUAACUUGUUGUGGGAUUGAUUAGCCUACUGUUACAUUAUUAUUUAUUACCUGUAGGUCUAACCAAUGAGAGCUGUGUAUUAUGACACUAUCUCUAGAAAAAUACAUGCUGCUCGUCUCCUUCCCUCUCCUCUAUUACCAGCCAAACAGUCAGGGGCUACUGUGAUCGGCAAUCUGAUUUAUUACUAAUGUACUUCUUCUUCUCUCUUAUAAACUGUAUGUUGAACGAGUGUUUGGACAAUAUUCAAAAGUCGGCUCACACCGGACUACCUUACCUUAGCGAACUAAAACGCGCUGACUCCUCUCUUCGGAUCAGGGAGCUCCCAUCUCAACUUCGCAUGCAGCUUUAGACCUCUGCUGACAUUUUCCUCUCAUUCCCGCCAUGAUUUCCAAACAACCUUUGCUGAAUGUGAAUACAGAAGCGGUCGGACUUGUAAGGCGGCUGACGAGCCAAGAAACGGCGGCCAAAAUGAACAGAAAUGGACUGAAAACAAAAAAGAGAGACUUGUCACAGAGAAUGUAGAACAAUGAACGUGGAUCUUUUAGAAGGGGAAUGUACGUGACAUUUAAAUCGUCAUCUAAACUGGAAUUAAACAUGAACUUUGAACCCUAAACUGGUUACACACACACACAACACACACACACACACACACACACACACACACACACACACACACACACACACACACACACACACACACACACACACACACACACACACACACACACACACACACACACCAUCCUCUCCUUCUGCAGCACCAUCUUAGCAUGUCAGUAUUAUUGUAUUUGCAACUGGAAACCAACAAGUACCACCAAGCAAUAAAGAUGCCGAAGCUGCAUCUCCUCUUCUCCUGCAGGAGGUUGGUCAUGUGCAGUUCAAACAAAAACUGUGUUUGCACUGGCCUAUUACAUUCAAAUUCAGACAUUUCAGUGCGUUUGUUAUUUUGUUUUUUAUUUUGCCAUUGUAAAGGAAUUGUUUUUUGUGAGGAAAAACCUCAAUUUGAAAACCUUAACGUGAGAUUUAGGCCACGCCGUGGUUAGCUGGAAUUUUGUUCAUAUUAUUAUCAUCCCCAACGAGCCCUUUUCUCCUCGUUUGUGAAGCUUUAGUUGUUUUGGUUUUGUAUAACUUUAAUGUAUAGCUCACCUGUUGAUGUUCUCCUUUACUGUGUUUUAAGUUGUUGCAAAACACUGUGCCGUUUACUAGAAUGUGGAUGAAAAUUUGUGAAAAAUUGGUAAAGGUUUAUACACAUGCGUGCUCACAUAAAGAAUAACUGAAAAGGGACAAUAUCAACAUUUAAUGCACUAUUAGCGGUUUCCUAGACAACACACUUUGCAGUGCAUGAGGCGAUAGUAGAGUAAGCAUGUUAGUCUGGAUCAGCCUGCUCCCUCCUGUAGAAUACUUGAUUAUGGAUCAUUGCACACACAUAAAGCCGGACCACAUCCCUCUGAAGUGUUAUAUAUCGUUUGCUGGCUCCCUAUUCACUUGACCCGAACUGUUAAGUCAAGAGGACGGCACUAAUAUAUCCAAGCUGCAAACAGUCAUGCGAUCCCAGUCCGAAUGUGUAGAUGAAGCCGUUCUCUGGCACCAGUCACAUUAUGAUAUCAAAGGAAUGGGUCCCAAAUCUGCAAGACCCCCCACUUUUCUAAAUCUAGGAGUGAAAAUGUCAAAGAAAACCGACAAUAAAGUUUUUGCAACUAAA